CCCGCAGAGUCCGGGUGAGAGCAGUGCAGCCAAGGACAGAGCAGCAUGGCAGGGCUCCGUGUCCGCUCCCUUCUGGUGACUGGGGCCAACCGGGGCAUUGGCCUGGGGCUCGUCCAGCACUUCCUGAAGAUGCCAAGCCCACCCCAGUGGGUCUUUGCAGGCUGUCGGGACCCCAAGGGACAGCGAGCACAGGAGUUACAGAAUUUGGCCUCCAAGCACUCCAACCUGGUCAUCAUUCCACUCGAAGUUGCCAACCCCGCCAGCAUCAAGGAGGCCGCAGCCAGAGUUGGGGAGCACCUGGGGGGCUCUGGGCUGAACCUUCUCAUCAACAAUGCUGGAAUCGCCAAGAUCACCAUGCUUGAAAAUGAGACACUGGAGGACAUGACCGAGACUUACACCACCAACACGGUUGGGCCUCUGCUGAUGGGCCAGGCAUUCCUGCCCUUGCUGAAGAAGGCUGCCCAGGGGAGCCCGGGCUCAGGGCUGAGCUGCAGCAAGGCAGCCAUCAUCAACAUGUCCAGCAUUGGCGGCUCCAUCACUUAUCCCUUUGGUUGGGAACUGAUGCAAGUUACCUCGUACCGCUGCAGCAAGGCUGCUCUGAACAUGCUGAGCAAGUGCCAGUCCCUGGCAUACCGGGAGCACGGCAUCUUCUGCGUCGCUCUCCACCCUGGCUGGGUGCAAACUGACAUGGGCAGCUCUGCUGGACACACGCCCCCCGUGACAGUGGAUGACAGCGUGAAAGGGAUGCUGAAGGUGCUCUCCUCCCUCUCCGAGAAGGACACCGGCACCUUCGUGGACUGGGAAGGGAAGGUCGUGCCCUGGUGAAAUGCCAGUUCAGGAUCCUGGCAGCUGUGGCAACCUUUGCUGCUGCUCCCACCUGCCCCACAUCCUCAAUAAACCCCUGUCAAGAGCUCCCA